AUGCGUGGAUGGCCUCAUCAGCCCGGCAUGAUCGGCUUUUCUUUUCUGAUCGAAACCAGAAGCCCGGCCAGUUCCACCGGUGAGACCACAAGCAGCCAGUUGGCUGAGAGCAACACUACUCAACCGGAUCAGCAGCCACAGCCGAUACUGAUAGCUGAUGACUACCGCCAACAAAAUGCGUCUACACCUCACGAGGAAUCCGUCGACCGCACACACUCUCCAAGUCCGGAUCAAAUCUGUUUCACGGCGAACAAUUUAGAUAUGAUAAGCAUGUGCACCAGAUCCCAAGAGAACGCGUCGCGUUCCACCGCUUCCUCCUCAUUGGGUUCCAGUGGUCCGAUUGUUCGUCGUUGCACGUGCUCGCGAACAGGAUGUUUGAAACUGUAUUGUGAUUGUUUCGCUGCUGGUCAAAAGUGCUCCGACUGUUGUUGCUUCGGAUGCCGUAACAAUAGCAAAUAUGAAGAAUUGCGUCAGAAAGCAAUCGACCGGAUCGUAACGCGAAAACCGGACGCGUUUUUAUCAAAAAUCGAAUAUUCCUCCGAGAACGAGAGCGUUCACACACGGGGCUGCAAUUGCAAACGUUCCGCCUGUUUGAAGAACUAUUGUGAAUGCUAUGAAGCCCGAAUCCGUUGCACUUCGCGCUGCCGUUGCCAGUCUUGUUUCAAUACAGAGAAUUGGUCCACAAAUAGUCAGUCCAGUGCACAGUCUAAAUCUGGCGUUCGACCACGUUCGGCCUCCAGUCACACUCCCAGUUCAACCGGGGUGACUACGUCCAGUGCAAAUCACACCAUGACAAACGCUUUGACAAACCCCGUAGAUGAUGAACGAGCAUCUACAAGUCCACCGUCAACCGCAACUAACGAUCUGGACGCACUUUCGGCCAUGCUGAUCGAUCGAUCAGAUAGUCCCGGACUGGCUGGAGAUGGGACCAAUCUGUCUCCCUCGGAUCGCGUACAAGAUCACCCAGAUGAUACCGAUUACCGAAUCCCAGUAGUAGUUGAAACUCACAAUACCCCACAGUCUGGAAUGGUUUCCCAAACUGCACCCUCGCUUCUAUCGGUACCAACCUCUACUCUGUUGUCCGCUGUCACUGGAACCCAUUCGAUCCCUCAGCUACAACCGAGUCCAUUAGAUCGCCUCUGGCAAAUUGUCUCUCAGGCUGCGACGGCGCAUUCCACCUCAUUAUCCACCGGCACAUUACCUCUAACUAAUCCACUGAUCGGUUUGCAAAUACCAUCUGUCGGUGGUCCGGCCAUCGCAACAGCAACAUCCACACCAACUCCCUUGACUUCCGGAUUGAUUCCCAACCCGACCCCACUCCCUGUGCCCGCGAACACACAACCUGCUCCGGUCCCUUCCACUACCACCACGAUUCUCGGAUUUCCCGGGGAUGCCUCCAAUCUGCUCACGACUUAUUUGGUCGCCUUACUCUCCGGUCAGUCCCAAACGGCUUUGCCCUCACAACCGGCUCCAGCGUUGCUCAGUCCGACACCAAUCCAUUCGAUAUCUCCGUCGGCUAUCUUGCUCAAUUGUCCCNCCGCCUCUGUUUCACCGGCUGUCCUGGCUGCAGCGGCAGCCGCGGUAACCAGUUCCCCGUCCGAGCGGAACAGCGGGACCACUGGUAUCACUGCGACCACAAUGGGUAUCGGAAGGAGUUUAACCCAACCUGUUUUCCCUAACCUUUCCAAGGCCACCAUUCCUGCGUCUUCGUCAGUAUCCUCCUCAUUGUCAGCACCAAACCCAGCUCCGACAACCACAUCUGUUCUCUCUAACCCGGGGAGUGUGAAACUGGAAUCAACGAACACUGUCGUUCCAACAGAUCCGAACCGUCCAAAUGCGGACGAUCAGUACACGGCAGAAGAGUUGGCUACGUUCGAACGAUUGUUACAGCAGCGGAAUCGAACAUCUUCGUCAAACCCUGGGGUGAAAAUUGCUGUGUCCGGAACGGAAACACAGCGCAUUCCGAUCAAGGUGGAACAACCGGAACGCGUGUCCGAAUCGGAAACAGCAUCCCGUACAAACCCCGACAGGUCGAACAAACCGCAACAGUCUCCCGUUCGUCGACUGAAUGCCGAGGUAGUUCACUUACGACGCCAAAUUUCUCGACUCACUCGCACUGUUCGCUCUCAGGAUCGAUCCAUUCGCGCUUUGCAACGCACCAUUCGGCAAUUAUGGAUGAACGAUUCUACCCUGGCUCGAUAA